UUUUCUUUAAUAUUAAAAAAUAAAUAGAGCUAUGCAGAAUAUUUACCUUAAUAUAAAAGGUUAACAUUUUCAUAAUUUUGCUUUCACUCUCAUUCGAAUUCUCAUCCUCUCUUCACACACACAACGCAACCCAAUAGGAUUAUUAUCGAAUCGAAAAAUGGCGGCAUCGGAUUCAUCUCGCGAAGAGAAUGUUUACAUGGCGAAAUUAGCGGAACAAGCCGAACGAUACGAAGAGAUGGUUGAAUUCAUGGAAAAAGUUGCAAAAACAGUUGAGGUUGAUGAACUAACAGUUGAAGAAAGGAAUCUUCUUUCAGUUGCUUACAAAAAUGUGAUAGGUGCAAGAAGAGCUUCGUGGAGAAUAAUUUCUUCAAUCGAACAGAAAGAAGAGAGUAGAGGAAAUGAGGAUCAUGUUGCUGUUAUAAAGGAAUAUAGGUCUAAAAUUGAGACUGAACUUAGCAAAAUUUGUGAUGGAAUUUUGAGCCUACUUGAAUCUAAUCUUGUUCCUUCAGCUGGUACACCUGAGUCUAAAGUUUUUUAUCUUAAGAUGAAAGGUGAUUAUCAUAGGUAUCUUGCUGAGUUUAAGACUGGUGUUGAGAGAAAAGAUGCUGCUGAGAGUACUUUGUUAGCUUACAAAUCUGCUCAGGAUAUUGCUCUUGCUGACCUAGCCCCCACCCACCCGAUCAGGCUGGGUCUUGCGCUCAACUUUUCGGUGUUCUAUUAUGAAAUCCUUAACUCACCGGAUCGUGCGUGUAACCUUGCCAAGCAGGCAUUUGAUGAGGCAAUCUCUGAGCUUGACACAUUAGGUGAAGAGUCAUACAAGGACAGCACAUUGAUCAUGCAGCUUCUCCGAGACAAUCUGACUUUGUGGACGUCUGACAUCACGGACGAGGCUGGAGAUGAGAUCAAGGAAACAUCAAAGCAACAAUCCGGCGAGCAGGAGUGAUGUUAGAGUUAAUUGGAUGUGUAUUACCCUUAAUAUAGAUUCCAUGUGGGUCUCUCUAGUAGAGAUUGUAGUAAAUGAUUUCAAGUGUGUUUUCCAUGGGAUUUAGAUGGUUUUUCAAAGGAUCGUUUGUGUUUUAUUAUUGAUGAGAAAGAAUAUGGCUUGUUGGUCAAGUGAUUUACAUAUUUUUUAUUGUUUACAAUUGAUUUAUUGUUUACAAUUGAUUUAUUGGCUAUGUAAUCUGAGUUGUCUGAUUUCAAAUUAAUUGUCAAAUUAAUUGUCGA